GGCAACGCUGCGCGCACAGUCACGUUUUCGUCCCGAUUCCUCCAACUCGGAAAAUUAUUGAAUUCCAAACAGCAGAAAGCGAGAGAAAUUCCCAUUCGCCAAAUACCAAUCGAGUGAUAAACACGACGCGAGUGAGAGAGGUGCUCGAGGACUCGAGAACAAAGAAAGAGAAAAAAGGAUACCAUAGGCGAAUUGCACACACAGGCAGGCAAGAAAGGCAGGGAAGGGCCACUCCCCCCAGCAAGGCGAAAGGCAAAAGGUCCAGGGAAGCAAAAAACAUAAACUGAUUGCAGCGAGAAGUGUGCCCCAGCAUCCCACCAGCUGGAACCCUAAGGAUAAUACUCUCCAGGCUGGACUUGAGGCGAUUGCGAUUGCGAUAGCAAUUUCGUUGAGUUUCGUCCGGUCGGAAAGGAAAGCAAACGGCUGUCGUCAGUCGCCAAUCGCAGACGCCCCCCGCCCCGCCACGAGAUUGUUGUUAUUGUAUUAUUAUACCCUCCUCAACCAAGAUGUCGUCGCCACCGCUGCUACUGCUCUUGCUUCCCUUGUUUUUCUUUGUGGGCUGCCUGCCGCUGUCAACGCUGACGGAGAAUGUGACUUUGGCAGCGGCGCCUGCCCCUGCACAUGCCUCUGGCUCUGAUGGGGCCGUGGUCACUGCCGCCUCCGGAGUUGCCUCUACCGUUGCUGCGGCUGCUCCAGCUGUCACGGCCAGCUCCAGUACGGCGUCGGCCAUGAUAACCACGGACUUUGACAAUCUCACGGUGAGCAGCGGCAACACCAAUAACGAUGCCAGCGAUGAGCAGAACACCAACAACGAGAACAACAACCACAACCAACACGCAAACAGUAACCAGAGCGUGGCCACAACCACAACGUCCAUCGCCCAUCAGGAUCAACAGGAGGCCACACCCCUGGGACAGGGCAUGGCCCCACCCACAGCUGGGCCUGGCUCCAAUGCCACUGGAGGAGGAGGAGGUGCUGAUCCGCACCAGCACGAGAUCAUCGGCUCGGCGAGCCCCACCAAGGGCGAACAGGAGGCUAUACUGCGAGCCCUGGAUUGGCUGAAGGAGAAGCGAGCCUCGGACUACGGCUGGGGCAACGACACCCAUGUGGUGAUCCUAGCGAAAGAGCUGUCUGGCGGCCGGGAUCCCAACGAGAGUGCCGAUGGGCACAUGCAGGUGAUCCAGGAGCUGGAGGACACGCUGUCCGUAAAGGAAAUGGAAAUCGAGAUACUGGCGAUGCUCGACCGCCACCACACGCUGCCCAAGCCCCUCAAUCUGGAUAAGCUGGCGCGCUAUGUGCUGGCAUUGGGGUCCCUGUGCAAGGACCCCAAGCACUUCCACGGCCACGAUCUGGUGGCCACGCUGCAGCACCAUGAGCCGGCCCAGGACAUCGAGUUCGCCCUCACGACACUGUCCGCCUGCAGCUCGGCGGCGCAUGUACGGAAGCGGCAGAUACGUCGUCUCCUGGACAUCGCCAGCGGUGUGACGGACCAGAGCGUGGAUGCCAUUGCCAUGGUCAUACUGGCCCUGCGGUGCAUCGUCACCGAUCACCGCCAUCGCCAUCUGCAGCACUUUGUCCGACGGCCCGCCCGCGGCCUGGCCAGCCUACAGGACCAGCGCGGUAGCUUCGGAUCGCUGCGUAGCACGGCCCUAGCUAUGCAGGCGCUGCAGGAUCUGGAAUACGAUCCGGCCGGGCACUGGAACCGCACGGCUGCCUCGCGCUACAUUCUCAGCCGGCAGCGGGCCGACGGCGGCUGGAGCGAGGAACCGCUUCAGGAUGGUCAGGAGCCGGACAUCGGUGUCGGACUCACCGCAGACAUUAUCCUGGCCCUGGGCUGGAAGGGCCUCGGUGCUGUGCGCGCCCUCCAGUGCGAUCAUGUGAUACGGGAGAGCAGCGAUCCAACGGAGAACGGUGAGCCCAAGCUGGCGGUGCCUUUUGGCCUGAGUUCUUCGGCCGAGGAGUCGGACGCGAAGAACAUCUCCUACACCUACACACUCUGGGUGGGCUCCAAUGUGAGCGAGGCCUUCUCCCUGUCCCUGGUCUCCCCGAAGAACACCAGCUUCUUCAAGGCCAUGACCCAGGCGGCCGAAAUGGAUCCCAGAUUCAUCUUCGAAGCGCGCGAAUGGCCCAAUGGCCACUACGUACACACCCUGUAUGGCAAGAAGGAGGAGCCCCGAGGGUACCACUACUGGCUGCUCUAUCGAUUGCCCGAACUACCCGAUCCCAAUAAUACGCCUGGGAAUCAGCUUAUUGCGCCUGUUGGUGUCGAUGAGCUAAUGGUCGAGGACGGUGAACACUAUCUAUAUUGGUAUAAGAAACUCUAAGCACGGGGAGAGCAUUGCCUGCCGGCCUUAGACGAAGCUGCAGUUAAAUCCAAUAAGCAGAGUCGAUAAAACCCACAUAAAAUGCUUUAGCUAUCGGGCCAUACAGACAUACACACACACACACAUGCUCCCACAAACCAAAACACAAGUAUAUAAUAUAUAGAUAUAUAUAUAUACUGCAUAUAUAACUGAAUAAUAAUGGCGUAAUCAAAAAAAUCGAAACACAACAGCAGCAGGCACAGAGCAUUGAACUUCAGAGAGGCGACGCAAGCAGGACGGAAGGUGUACGGAAUUGACGUCACAGCGGAGUAGACUGUGCACACACACACAUCCCAUCCCAAAAAAAGACCACCCACUCCCCCACCCAAACAAGCAACCAAACAACCAAGCAACCCAAAACUGAUCUCUCGAUUCUCUGAUUCUGAGCGGGAAUGCAGCCGCACCUCAGUCGAAUACUUAUGCAUAGCGAUAACUGAACGAAAUGAAAAACCAAAAAAACAAUCGAACGAUAUAUGUAUGUAAUGCACCAGCAGCAGGCAUCGAACGGUUAACCGAACUAACGGUACCAAUCCGUCCGUUUAAGCCCCAUCCCCUCCCCUUUUGAGCCGGCCCUCCCAACACUAACCCAAAGAACUUCGCUUGCAAAUCGCUGCAACAAAUUUCGUUAUUCGUUAAAAAAAAAGAAGCCAAUAAACACCAGACCCCCACCACCCCACACCAUUAGAAAGAAAAGAACAAAAGAGAGCAACAGGAAGAACGGCAGAUGAAUACGAAACCGGGUAGAAAUGAAGGAACGAACAGAAGAGGGCGAAAGUUGCUGUCCAUCUUGUUUGGCUAUUCCAAGCAAAAAGCAUGUUAUACCAAACACCGUACGUAACAAUAAGUGAUUGAAAAUCAUCCUUAGACAUACACACAUAAAUCGAUAUAUACAUACAUGGCAUAUACAUACAUAUACAUUUAAAAGAGAGAAAAAACCACAAACAAAAAAAAUACAAAAAUAAAAAAUCAACUAGUUUUAUAUAAAAGUGAAGCAAAUCGAAGGCUGCGGCAUAUGAUAAUUCUACGAGGAGAGAAGGAUAAUACCGCACUAUAUAUACAAAACGCUCAAUGCCUGGUCGAGAUUAUACAUACAAACCCCGGAAUACAAUACAUGCGACAUACCCAAAAACAUCAUAUACAUAUAUAUAACCCGCAUAUAUAUCCAUACUAUCCCUACUCUACUCAUAUAGCACACCAAACUAUUACUCAUUGUCUUACCGGCAAACGCUCCCAUCUACAUACACACAUUUUCCCACAUCAUACGUAAACUGAACGAAAGAUUAGUGCACCCCUUAUUAAACAAUACAUACACUAGAAUACAUACUAGAAGCUUUCUAGCUCAUUGAUCAGCCUCACACAUUCACUCACUCACUCACUCACUCAUCGUUUUCGAACUUUCAACUUUCAAACCGUUCGUUGAACUCUUAACUUGGAUGCAAAAGCAAAAGCAAACAAACAAACAAAAGACGCCUAGCCUAACCGAACCUUACCUAGCCUAACCUCUACUCGUAACACUUCAAACUCAACUACAACUACUAAUAACUACUCGUACUACUUGAAUCAAUGGGUUUUUUUGAGUGCAGUAGCAAAUCCAAAUCCAAACAAAAACCAAAACUAAAACUAAACUAACCUAGCGAUCAAAACCAAAAUCGUUUAUAUGAUAAGCAUGAAAUUGAGCUUUUUAAUUGUGCAGAAUCCCCCAACUUAGUACACUAAACGCAGGCACAGACACUUCCACAGACGGAAAUCCGGCUAUCCGGACACCCGGACCCACACACACGGACACAGGCAGAGAAAGCAGCGUAGGAUUUGAGAAACGUGUUAUUUAUGUACUACUAACCCACGAUAUAUGUAUUUACAUAUGUAUGACCCAUGAUCUACUACGUAUGAAGACCCAGCCGGAUCAAUGAAUUUCGUUUGAAUGAACAGCAGCAGCUGACUUCUUAAAUAACAAUAUAUUCUAUUAUUUUUGGUGAUGAGUGGAAAAAGCAACAAAGAACAAGCGUGAAUAAACAUCAAAA